AUGGCGCCCUCUAUUCGCGGCCCAGUCCCCUGGCGCAUCUGUCAAUGCCUCGUCCGCCAGCAUCUCCGGUCGUCACAUCUCGCAAAACCCCGGCACCUCUCCACGUCCUCCUACCUGAACAACCAUGCAAGCCCCAGCAACCCCCUGCGGUCCCAGGCCCGGCGCGCGGCGGAGAGCCAGUCCCAGCAUCGACGCUCCAUUAUCCUGUCCACUGCAGGCAUUGUGGCUUGUGCUGUGGCUAUGUAUGGGGUCAUUAAGCUGGACGUGUUCGGACUGGAUGCCAUCGAGGCCGAGAAGAAGGGCGAAAACCAGCCCAACCCCGGCGAAGUUGUCACUACGAACAACAACAAAGCAAUGAAGAUGGACGGCCCGUCAGGAUUUCCGGAGAGUGCCGGACCAUCCGUGAUUCCGAUCCAGGGCAAGGAUGGUUUGGAGCAGGUGGCGACGGGGAAUAGUACCGUCCCGUACUUCCCCAGCACGAUCCGGCUGCCGGCUAUGUCAUCUGGGCAUCAACCCGGGGACGAGCUCCCGUCUGCUGGCGGAGAUGAAUACCAGCUGUUGGGUCUUGGUAUCCGCACGGUCUCGUUCCUGUCGAUUCAGGUGUAUGUCGUCGGGCUGUACGUGGCCAAGUCGGAUAUCACUGAGCUUCAGCAGCGACUAGUCCGGACCGCGAUGCACCCCCCAUCCGUCAGCGACAUAUCAGCCGUGACCAGCGUGGGCGCCGACUCCGCAACCUCCCUCGUCCCGCCGGAGCGUCAGCAGCUGAAGGAUCUACUCCUCGACCCGGAGCGCGGCGACGCCGCAUGGACUGCACUGCUACAGGAUCCCGGGAUCCGCACUGCCUUCCGCAUCGUGCCCACACGCAACACGGACUUCAUGCAUCUGCGCGACGGUUGGGUUCGGGGUAUUACGGGACGAGCGCAGAAGAAGCCCGAGUUCAGCGAUGAGGAAUUCGGGUCGGCCAUGAACGAUUUCAAGGCUGUGUUUGGUGGCAGUCAGCGCAAGAACGUGCCCAAGUGCCAGACGUUGGUACUGCUGCGCGGUGCCAAUGGCGCUCUCGAUGCGCUGUUCCAGCCUGAUCCCGCCCAGCCUUCCCGGUGGUUGGGUCGUGUGGCGGACGAGCGGAUUAGCCGGCUGGUGUGGUUGAAUUAUCUGUCUGGGAAAACGGUGUCCAGCGAUGGGGCUCGGAAGAGCAUUGUCGAUGGCCUGAUGACGAUUGUUGAGCGGCCCGUUGGAACCGUCGUGCAACGCGUGGUAUAA